UAGGGACCGUUUGCCUCGGCGACCCCGCGGGCUGACGUCACGGCGACGUACUGACGCAGAGGUGUGGCGUAGGCGCGCUUCCGGGAGGGAGAGGCAUGGGCUUGCGUGGUCGCCCGGCUGUUUCCUCCAGCGGUCCUUGGGCAUGUUGGGACUGCGGUAGUGGUUACCGGAGGUGAACUAGCCAGAGCUAGACCUCGGCCCACUUUUGUCCGUAUCCCGCACUUCCCUCCGACCUACUGCCUGGGCUGAGAAAAAAGCAGCUAGGCUCCUCUUCUCAGGAAUGGUGUGGUUCCUGGGACAGCAGGGUAGAUUAGCCGAGGUGGGCUUGUCCUCUGGCCGGCCCGGCUCAGGCUUGUGGGCGUUUCGUUCCUAAAUAGUGUUCUCUUACUCAUUCUGCUGGCUUUUAAGCGCCCACCAUAAAUUAUACCAUCAGAGGUAGGCCCUGGAGCUUCUUGAGAAUACUGGACGCUUCAGGAAAUAAUUCCUUCUCCAAGGUCCUUCUAGGUUCCAGGAAACCCCUUCAAUGAAGUGUGUGGCCUUGAGCAGGUCUCAACGUUGCUGGCUUCAGUUUUCCUUAUCUGUAAAAUGGGAACAAUAAUCACUUUGGUGUGGUGGUAAUAAAGAGAUUAAGUCAGUCAGUGGCAGGUUUUCAGUAUAGGUGGUCAGUUAAGUGGAAUUUACUGAGAAAACCAUAGACAGAUUGAGGCUAGUGCUGGGGAUAAAGUCUAUGGCGGUCACAAGUUUCCCGAUCACCUCACUUAUAGUAGAACUUAAGAUGUUUUGAAUCAAUGGAGUCCUGGAGUAGUUAUAAGCACCACUUGGUUAGUUGUGGUUAAAGGAACAAACCAUAGAAAUCCUUUUUGCUUACCCUUCUAAUCUUACAGUAGAUGUAUAUUACGGUACAGUUUUUGUAUCCCAAACACCCAAAGGUAUGAGAAAAUGGCUUUUUUAUGUUGAUGUUAAUCGUUGUGCCUGGUCUGUACAAAUGAAUGGGAAUCAAGGAGCUGCUUAUAGCAGUGAGGUUGACAUCUACCUCCUAGGCACAAUUCUGUGGGAAGUUAAUAAUUGUUUUCCCUGCUACUCUGGCUUAGUAGUACUCAAUUUAUGAACUACCGUGAGUUAUUUGUAGUAAUUCUGCAAAGAAUAGACCUGGAAGGAAUUGUUUUGAAGAGUUGAUUCUAGACAGAUAAUUCAAUAAUAGUGGCUGACUCAAGGUGAUUUUUGUUUUUUAAGAUGAAAAUGUUUAAAGAGAAGACCUGGUAGGAAAGCAGCUUGAAAGAGUAGCCAAAGAGUCCUUAGGCAACAAAACCCCCACCUUUAAGUGCUUCUAUUUUACACUGUUCAAACCUCACCACAGCUUUGGCUGGCAAAGAUUAUUCUCAUUUUGUAGAAGAGAAAACCCAGGCCCACUGUGGCCAAGGAUUGUCCCAUGUCAGGUCGCUCAGAGGACUAAAAACUGUUUUCAGCUUAUGUGGAGAAGUUACUGUGGAAGCCACCUAUAAAUCCAUUUACUGAAUUUAUGGAAAAGCCUGCAAAUGGUGGAAGUCAUUCAGAAGAACCAUUUCACCAUUUUCAGAGCAGACCAGAAAGGGAACAUUUGCCACAGCGUGACAGUGAAUGUCAUCUUAGCUGUCAAAACCAGGACAUUCUAUAUGGAAAGACUGAAUUGGAAGCAACAUUUAAGGAAGCUGAGGAGGCAACCAGUUCUAUAGAGUUACUUAUGCCAUUAUUUAAGGACACCGUUGAAAAGAUUAAUUUUGAAAAUACAGAGGACAGUUCAUCCAGCAUGUUAGAGAAGCUAACUGAUAAUGAAAGUGAGAAUAUUAAUCUUAAGAAGAAGGUCUUUGAGAAGGAGGCGUAUAUCCAAGAACUGUCUUGUUUGUUUCAGAAUGAAAAGGCAAAUGCUUUGAAAGCAAACCGUUUUUCACAAUCAGUAAAAGUAGUGCAUGAACGACUACAGCUCCAAAUUCAAAAAAAAGAAGCAGAGAAUGAUAAAUUAAAAGAAUAUAUAAAGAGAUUAGAAAGUGAGAGAGCUGAAUGGAACUUGCAAUUGAGAAAGAAUAAGGAUGAGGCUGUAGCAAUGAAAGAAUUAAACAGGCAAAAAACUAUAGCUCUAAAAAAGGCAUCUAAAAUUUACAAACAAAGGCUUGAAUAUUUUACUGGAGACAUGGAAAAUCUUACUUCCCAAAUUAGAGAUCAGGAAGCCAAGUUGUCUGAAACAAUUUCAGCUUCCAAUGCCUGGAAAAGUCAUUAUGAGAAAAUUGUAAUAGAAAAAACUGAAUUGGAAGUUCAGAUUGAAACAAUGAAAAAGCAAAUCAUUAAUCUUUUGGAAGACCUGAAGAAAGUGGAAGACCAUGGAAAAAAUGCAUGUGAAGAAAUUCUUAGAAAAGUUCAUUCAACUGAAUAUGAAAAUGAAACUCUGAAUCUUGAAAAUGCAAAGUUAAAGACUACACUUGCUGCUUUGAAGGAUGAGGUUAUUUCUGUUGAAAAUGAACUCCUAGAAUUGCAAGAAGUACAAAAACAACAGAAAACCCUUACUGAAGUAUAUAAAACUCAGAUAGAAGAGUUGCAAGAAGCAGCUGAAAUGGUGAAAAGUAGAUGUGAAAAUUUGCUACAUGAAAAUAACCUAAUAACAAAAAACAAAAAUAAAAAACUAGAGAAGAUGAGAGGCCAGAUGGAGUCUCAUCUGAAGGAGUUAGAAUGCGCCCGCGAUUCCUUGACGGCGGUGGAACGGAGGCUUCACAAGUGUCAGGAGAGUCUGCAGCACUACAAGGGGAAAUGUGCAGACCAGACACACACCAUUAGGGAGCUUCAGGGCCAGGUUGAUGGAAAUCACAAUCUUCUGAUGAAGCUUUCUUUGGAAGAGGAAAAUUAUCUUAUUCAGUUGAAGUGUGAAAACCUUAAACAAAAAUUAGAACAGAUGGAUGCAGAAAACAAAGAGCUUGAAAAGAAGCUGGCAAACCAAGAAGAAUGUCUUAAGCAUAGCAAUCUUAAAUUUAAAGAGAAAUCUGCAGAAUAUACAGCAUUGGCCAGACAGCUGGAAGCUGCUUUGGAAGAAGGAAGACAAAAGGUUUCUGAAGAAAUAGAGAAAAUGUCAUCUAGAGAAAGGGCUUUACAGAUUAAAAUAUUAGAUCUGGAAACUGAGCUUAGAAAGAAAAAUGAAGAACAAAAUCAACUUGUUUGCAAAAUGAACAAUAAAGCACAACAUCAGGAAGUAUGUUUGAAAGAAAUACAACAUAGUCUUGAAAAGUCAGAGAAUCAGAAUGAGAGUAUUAAGAAUUAUUUACAGUUUCUUAAAACUUCUUAUGUAACAAUGUUUGGAUAAAUUGUCUUUAUUUGCUAUAGGCAAUAGGCUUUUACUAUGAGUAUAAAAAAUUAUUAGGUAAAAAAUAACUAUUAUUUGUUAUAUUAAAUGAUUUAUGGGUGGUAGUAUUAGAGUUUUUAUGUAAAUACAUUCGAAACAAUUUUUUAUACAAUUGAACUUUCAAAGAAGAUAGAUGUUAGUAUUCCAUAUUGCUGGAUAAUUUUCACUUAGCUCUGAUUUAAUUCCUAUUUAAGUUGUAUCAGUUUUUAGAAUAUUUUUCACACACCCACACAAAAGAAACCAGAUCCAUUCUUUAUGACUGUCUGUAAGCCACCAUUCAAGAUAAUUUAUAAUAAAUUUAGGCCAGUUAUGAGCCAAAUACAUGAUUUUUAAAUAAUGUUUAUAAUUGCUUUACAUUUAUACAUACAUACAUAUAAUAUUUAAUAAAGGAAAAUAUUCUG